CGCAGGGCGUGGUGGGAUAGAAGGCUUCUUCUUGGAGGACCCUAUGUAGGUUCCAAGCUAGCGGGUAACGGAGAAGAUGGCUGCAGCGGGGAUUUUCAGGCCAGUGUCUGAAAACACAUCGCUGUGUGCCAUGUUUCUGGACCGCCUGGAUUCAUGUUGCCCUUUAAUGUAACAGUUUCUUUAAGGACUCGAGGAGGAUAAACAUGGGAUCUCAAACACUACAAAUAUUGAGACAGGGGGUCUGGGCUUCAAUUACUGGUGGGUGGUAUUACGACCCCCAUCAAAAUACAUUUGUCAAUGCCUUACAUCUGUACAUAUGGCUAUUCUUACUGUGUUUCCCCUUUACGCUCUACAUGGCCCUGCCGCCCACCAUGGUCAUCGUGGGCAUCUACUGUGGGGUGAUUGCCGGCAUGUUCCUGUUGCUGAAGACGGUCAACUACCGGCUGCAUCACGCGCUGGACGAGGGCGAGGUGGUGGAGCGGCGUGCUCGAGGGGCCCAAGGCCGGACGCACGGGCCCGACAGCCAUCAGCAGGGCGGCGCCACUCGCCAGGAGGACAGCAAUGGCCCUGGGGACCCUGGAGGGGGUAUAGAGAUGGCAGACUUUGUUAGAGAGGAAACACCGCCUGUGGACUGCAGCUCAAGAAACUCUUAUGUAGUGGUGGACUCCAACCACCAGAUUGUGUCAGCCCACGGGGGACCAGCCACAGCCAAAGGGAAGAUCUCAGAUGACAUCAGCUUGAGUCUGGCUCAGAGCUGCAGUCAAGACCAAGAUCUGAUGUCGGACCCAAAGAUGUACUGCCUGGUCUCCAACGGCUCCUUCUCUUCCAUGCAGCCCUCCACGUCCCUGUGUCCGGCCGACCUGGUCCGCGACGUCUCAUCCGACCCUUCCAGUGCCACCUCGCGCCACCCCUUCUCCCAGUCGCUGUCGUCCUGCGACACGGAGCUGGCCACCUCACAUCCCCACGCUCACCAUCACCACCACCACCACCACCAUCAGCACCCGCACCAACACCACCACCCUCCGUCCGUGUCCUCCCAGUCGUUUCGGAAGGAUUCGCGGCCCCGGCUCCCCCGGACGUCCAGCUCGGCCGGCUCGGCCUUCCUGGCGCCGGACGCCUCCCUGCCCGACCCGUUUGGGCUGUACCCACCUACUCACCGAGGGGGGCUGGACCCGGUUCGGGAGAUGGAGGGGGGCGUUCGGGUGGGCGUGGCCCGAGCGACGGGGCUAGGGGGAGGAGGGGAGGUGGACCUGUCGGCGGUUGCGGUGCCGUCCACCUCGCGCGUGUCGGACUGCUGCCGGCACCAGGACCGGCGCUGGCUGGCCCGCUCGGUGUCCCGCGAGGCUGGCGAGGGCGUGUCGUCGGGGCCGGGCCCGAGCGGACUGUACCGGGGCGGCGACGGGGCUUGCGGGUGCGCGUGCUCGUCGGGCAGCAAGCGCAGCGCCGACAGCCUGCGGAGUCUGAGCACGCGCAGCAGCGGCUCCACCGAGAGCUACUGCAGCGGCACGGAGCGCGACAGCAACAGCACGGUCAGCAGCUUCCACAGCGAGCGCACCAGCUCCACGCACGUGGAGAGCCUGCUCUCCCUGGCGGCCGCCGCCGUCGCCACCACCACCACCACCGACGGACACGGUCACGUGCAUGGCCACGGGCGCACCAGCAGCCUGGGCAGCGGCAGCUCCAGCUCGCGGAACCUAGCCAGCCUGGCAUCGGCGUCGGGCGAAGCCAACAAGAAUCCACACGCCAACCAGCUCGUCCGCGGCAGUACGCCGGCGGCUGACGGCAACAACACCGCCGACACAGACUCCUCGUCCGCACUGGCGCCGCCUCCUCCUCCGGAGAGCACCGACUCGCCCUCCUGCGGCUGCCAGCAGGACGAGCCUGGCACGGCAGUGGGCGCCAGGACCAGCGCCGACGGAGCAGCUGGCACCCAGGAUUCCGUGGGCAGAGCUGAGCAGGACGAGGACGCCGGCGACAACCGGCAGCAGCGGCCAGCGGCCCAGCGGGGGGCGACCUCCACCGCCUCCUCGGCCGCCAGCCGGAGCCACAGCAGCAGCGGCGCUCCGGGCAGCCGGCCCCGACGCCACGGCAGCAAGAAGCGGGCCAGCAGCUUUGACGCCAGCCGCCACCGUGACUACGCCAACCUGCGCGGACUGGCCAAGCCCCACAGCGCCGUCUUCAGCGGCGGAGGGGACGCCCGGGAGGGGGCCGCGGGGAACGGCGCGGGGCUCGGGGCGGGCGGAGAGGAGGAUUCGAGUGACCAGAGCGAGCUGAGCUGCGGCUCCAGUCUGCACUCGUCCCACCAGCUGAGCACCGACUCGUCCUCGUCCUCCUCGCGCACGUCCCGCUCGGCCCGCGCCUCUCCCGAGGGACGCUAUGCCGCGCUGAAGGCCCGGCACGCUCGGCCGCACGGCAAACUCGGCGAUGUUUUCGCCGGCGAGUCCGCCACCGGCAUCGCCGGCCGCGAGAGAGAACGAGAACGGGAGCGGGCGGGCAAGCGACGUGCCUCCCGACGGACCCCCAGCACGGGCAGCGCCAAGACGCAUGCCCGCGUGCUCAGCCUGGACAGCGGUACGGCCGCCGCCUGCCUUAACGAGCUCAACGAGCUUAACGAGCUCAACGAGCCCCAGCGGUUGGGGGCCCCCUGCGGCGCCGGGGGCCCGCGGCCCCUCACCACCUCCAAGUCGGACCUGGAGGCCAAGGAAGGGGAGGUGCUGGACGCGGUGUGCCUCAUGGGUCGGGCCUCACAGCUGGAGUCCGUCACGCGCUCCCGCAACAGCCUUCCCCCACACACCCUCGUCGGAGUGGAGGGCCUCGAGGCCGCCAUCAGGGCAGCGCCCGGCAGCGAGGAGGCCGUAACAUUCCGGCGUGAGCGUAGCACGUUCCGUCGGCAGGCCGUGCGGCGGCGCCACAACGCGGGGAGUAACCCCACCCCUCCCGCCUCCCUCAUCGGAUCCCCCCUCAGUCUCCAGGAGGCUCUCAGCCAGGCCUCCCAGCCAUCUACUUCCCAGGUGAGAAGUCAGCCUUCCCGCACCCCGUCCCAGGUGACUGUGUUGAGCGCGAGCGCCUCCCUGCUGGCCAGGAACGGAAGCGCGCAGCUGGAAUGUUCUCAGGACAAGGCCUCCACGGCAGGCAACACCAGCCUUCAGGACGAGUUCGGAAAGCUCACCCCUCCUCUCUAUGAGGUCGGGGGCUGUGACAUGUCCCUGGUGAACUUUGAACCUGCCACCCGUAGAGCCUCCAACAACAUUUGGGAAACAGAUUCUCACCUCUCUAGUUCUACCUCAGUGCGCUUCUACCCCCAUGACCUGAUCCGUCUGAACCGGCUGCUAACGAUGGACCCAGAGCUGCUGGAGCAGCAGGAUGUUGACCUGAGUCCUGAGCUGCAGGAGGCCCCUCUGGGCACGCUCGACCCGGCUACGGCAGCCCACAAGGCCAAACAGUACUACCGCUUCUGGCUGCUGCCACACCUGUGGGUCGGCCUGCAUUUCGACCGCCUCACACUGCUCGCGCUGUUUGACAGGAACCGAGAGGUCCUGGAGAACAUUCUAGCGGUGGUGCUGGCGGUUCUUGUGGCCUUUCUGGGUUCUCUGCUUCUGGUCCAGGGGUUCUUCACAGACAUUUGGGUUUUUCAGUUCUGCCUCGUCAUUGCUAGCUGCCAGUACUCUCUGCUGAAGAGUGUUCAGCCAGAUUCUUCCUCACCUCGCCAUGGCCAUAACCGCAUCAUAGCGUACAGCCGGCCCGUGUACUUCUGCAUGUGCUGCGCCCUCAUCUGGCUGCUGCACUACGGGAGCGAGUGGUGGGGUCCCUCACGCUUUACCCUCUACGGCGUGGUCAUCACCAGCUCCCUGCUGCUCGCCUCUGCACGAGACCUCGUCAUAGUCUUCACGUUGUGUUUUCCCGUCAUCUUCUUUGUGGGGCUGCUACCACAGGUCAACACUUUUGUCAUGUACCUGUUUGAGCAGCUGGACAUCCACAUCUUCGGUGGAAAUGCAUGCACCAGUCUGCUGUCUUCUCUCUACAGUGUUCUGCGAAGCCUCCUCACUGUAGCGAUGCUCUAUGGCCUCUGCUAUGGUGCUCUGAAGGAGUCGUGGGAUGCGGAGCACAUCCCUGUGCUGUUUUCUGUGUUCUGUGGCCUGAUGGUGGCCGUGUCCUACCACCUGAGUCGCCAGAGCAGCGACCCCUGCGUCCUCAUAUCUCUGGUCCAGUCUAAGGUCUUCCCCAACCUAAAGGAGAAGAACCCAGAGGACCCUCUGUCCGAGGUGCACGACCCACUGCCUGAGAAACUACGCAACUCAGUGAAUGAGCGUCUACAGUCGGAUCUGAUUGUGUGCAUCCUCAUCGCUGUGCUCUACUUUGCCAUCCACGUCAGCACGGUGUUCAUCGCCCUGCAGCCCUUUCUGAGUUAUGUGUUGUAUGGGCUACUGGGGGCGGUGGGGGUGUUGACCCACUACCUGCUGCCGCAGCUCCGCAAGCAGCUGCCCUGGUACUGCUUCUCCCACCCACUGCUCAAGACCCGCGAGUACUACCAGUUUGAAGUCAGAGGUGCAGCCCAUGUGAUGUGGUUCGAGCGUCUGCACGUGUGGCUGCUGUUUGUAGAGAAGAACGUGCUUUACCCCCUUGUCAUCCUCAACGAGCUCAGUGGCAGUGCCAAGCAGCUGGCCAAGAAACUCAACACCGAGCUGGCUGCUCUGGUCAUCACAGUGGCGGGCCUGAAGCUUCUGCGCUCGUCCUUCAGCAGCCCCACGCACCAGUACGUCACCGUGCUCUUCACCGUCCUCUUCUUCACCUUCGACUACCAGCACCUGUCCGAGACCCUGUUGCUUGACCUCUUCCUCAUGUCCAUCAUCUUCAGCAAGCUGUGGGAGUUGUUUUAUAAGCUGAGGUUUGUGUACACCUACAUCGCUCCGUGGCAGAUCACAUGGGGUUCAGCCUUCCACGCCUUCGCUCAGCCUUUCGCUGUUCCACACUCUGCCAUGCUGUUUGUGCAGGCCAUUGUGUCGGCCAUCUUCUCCACUCCCCUCAACCCCUUCCUGGGCAGCGCCAUCUUCAUCACCUCUUAUGUCCGACCUGUCAAGUUCUGGGAGAGGGAUUACAACACGAAGAGAGUUGACCACUCUAACACACGCUUGGCCUCCCAGCUGGAUAGGAACCCAGGCUCGGACGACAACAACCUGAACUCCAUCUUCUACGAGCACCUGACGCGCUCGCUGCAGCACUCACUGUGCGGAGACCUGCUGCUGGGCCGCUGGGGCAGCUACACCACGGGCGACUGCUUCAUCCUGGCCUCUGACUACCUCAACGCCCUGGUGCACCUGGUGGAGAUCGGCAACGGCCUCGUCACCUUCCAGCUCCGCGGCCUGGAGUUCAGAGGUACGUAUUGCCAGCAGCGUGAGGUGGAGGCCAUCACAGAGGGCGUGGAGGAGGACGAGGGCUGCUGCUGCUGUGAGCCGGGCCACCUGCCGCACCUGCUGUCCUUCAACACGGCGUUCGGUCAGCGCUGGCUGGCCUGGGAGGUGCUGCUCACCAAGUACGUGCUGGAGGGCUACAGCAUCACUGACAACAGCGCCGCCUCCAUGCUGCAGGUGUUCGACCUGCGCCGCAUCCUCACCACCUACUACGUCAAGGGCAUCAUCUACUACGUGAUGGCCUCUCCUAAGCUGGAGGACUGGCUGGCCAACGAGGCCAUGCGUGAGGGCCUGCGCGCCUGCGGAGAGCGCCACUAUGUGGACCUGGACCCCACCUUCAACCCCAACAUCGAUGAGGACUACGACCACCGGCUGGCCGGCAUCUCACGCGACAGCUUCUGCGGGACCUACCUCAGCUGGAUCCAGUACUGCAACUCACGCAGGACCAAGCCUCUGGAGAGUGAGAAGGACUCGUCUCUGGUGCUGCUUUGUUUUGGCUUGUGUGUGCUGGGCCGGAGAGCACUGGGUACUGCAGCUCACCAUAUGUCCAGUAACUUGGAGUCGUUUCUGUACGGGCUGCACGCCCUGUUUAAGGGCGACUUCCGCAUCUCUUCGGUGAGGGACGAGUGGAUCUUUGCAGACAUGGAGCUCCUCAGGAAGGUGGUGGUCCCGGCCAUCCGCAUGUCACUCAAACUACACCAGGACCACUUCACGUGUCCGGACGAGUACGAGGAGCCGGCGGUGCUGUUCGAGGCCAUCUCAGCCCACCAGCAGAGCCUGGUGAUCGCGCACGAGGGUGACCCGGCCUGGCGCAGUGCCGUGCUCUCCAACGCGCCCUCUCUGCUCGCCCUGCGCCACGUGCUCGACGAGGGCACCAACGAGUACAAGAUCAUCAUGCUCAAUCGCCGAUAUCUCAGCUUCAGGGUCAUCAAGGUCAAUAAGGAGUGUGUGCGUGGGCUGUGGGCAGGGCAACAGCAGGAGCUGGUGUUCUUGCGGAACCGCAACCCAGAGCGCGGAAGCAUCCAGAACGCCAAGCAGGCUCUACGCAACAUGAUCAACUCGUCCUGCGAUCAGCCAAUCGGAUACCCCAUCUACGUGUCGCCCCUGACAACCUCCUACUGCAACAGCCACGCCCAGCUGGGCCACAUCCUGGGCGGACCCAUCAGCUUCGGCAACAUCCGCAACUUCAUCGUCAGCACAUGGCACAGGCUGCGUAAGGGCUGCGGUGCUGGCUGUAACAGCGGGGGGAACAUUGAGGACUCGGACGCGGGGGGGUUAUCAUGUGGCAGUGGGAAUGGGGGGGUCAGUGACUCACAGCAGAGCUCCGUCUCUCAGGGGGGACUCUCGGGUCCGGCCGCCCCCCCCUCCUACCAGCCCCACUCCAUUGGCACCAGUCACAGUUCCCAGUCAGUCCAGUCCGGUCUGGUGCGCCACUCCCCGGCCCGCGCCUCCGUGGCCAGCCAGUCGUCGUCCUGUCGCUACGGCAGCAGCCGGCACUCAUCGCUGCGCACGUCGGCCACGGGCCUGGAGCCAUGCCGGCGCUCGUCCAGCAGCCAGCUCUCGCUGCGCACGCUGCCCACCUCCCUGCAGCUGCGGCUGGGCAGCGGCGGCCCUGCAGGCCCCUGCGUGGAGCCCCUUCCGCCCGGAGGGCCCUCGGGGUCCCUGUCCAGCCACAGCAUCCCGGCCUGCAAGCGGCACACGCUGGUGGGGCUCCUGGGCAGCGAGGGGCUGGGCGCCGCCCUGGGGGAGCCUCCCACCACCACCACCACCACCGCCACCAUGCUGAGCGCCGUGGGCCACACACACUACCACCCGCACAUGAUGCACGCGCCACACACACACCACCCCACGCUCGGGUGCCUGCGGCGGGAAGACAUCUCCUACCGAGUGCAGAUAGUGGAUGUGAGUCAGGUGCUGGAGGUGAUUAACAUGUCCAAGCGGAAGGAGCUGCAGUGGCCAGAUGAGUGUGUGAGGCUGCGCUCGGGACGUAACUACUGGAGAGACUGGAGCCCCCGCGAGGGUAUGGAGGGACAUGUAAUACACCGGUGGGUGCCUUGCAGCCGCGACCUGGCCACGCGCUCCCACAUGGACAGGGCCAUCCUGCUGGUUCAGGUGGAGGAUAAACUGGUUCCCAUUAUAGAGAUGGGGGUCAUCGAGCUGGGUGCCGAGGUCUGACCUUUGACCUCUCCACAGAGGGCAAAGUUCAACUUGGGUCCUUACCCUAACAACAAACCCUUUCAACAGUCCCCACAGUGGGACCAGAAGCCAGGGAAAAGUGCAAGUUCAAAGGCAGAUCAUGUGUACACACACACACACACACACACACACACACACACACACACACACUCACACACACAUAUGCGUUAACACACACAGACGGAAACCUGCCUUCUUGCGUGUGUCACACCAAUAUGCUGCAUGAGGGAUUGACUCCCAUCAGAACUUUCCUUAAGUUGAACAUUGCUGGGUUUUCUUUUUUCUAUGCAUCAAAUUAUGAUUAUGGCAACGAUGUUGACGACAGUGACAAUAAUGAUGUUUAGCGCAAGUCACUCAAAGAUUCAUGCCUUCAUACAUGCACAUACACACACACACACAUACAUACACAUACACAUACAUACAUACAUAUAUACACACACAUAUUUAUGCAUACAUUUAUACACACAUACAAGUACAUGCACAAUAUGCACAAACUGUUCAUACACAAGCACAACUCAAAGAUCCGUAAUCUGGUAUAGGCACACACUCAAAAACAGACCUUCAAGUGUAUAGUAUGAACACGUCCACAUACGUACACUUACACACUCAAAAACAGACCUUCAAGUGUAUAGUAUGGACACGUCCACACACAUACACCUACACACUCAAAAACAGACCUUCAAGUGUAUAUUAUGGACACGUCCACACACAUACACUUACACACUCAAAAACAGACCUUCAAGUGUAUAGUAUGGACACGUCCACAUAUGUACACUUACACACUCAAAAACAGACCUUCAAGUGUAUAUUAUGGACAUGUCCACAUACGUACACUUACACAAACAAAGACUCUAUUAGUGGUGGUUAGGAAUGGGCAAACCAUUAAGGGUUACACAAGACCUAAGUGUUUGUUUGUUUGUUUUGUUCUUUUUGUUUGUUUGUUUGUUUAUUUGUUUUUGUAUAAUUUGUAAGAAAUCUUUUGCCAAAAAAGCCUGGCAUUCGCCACAUGUGUGAGGCUUGCUGCCAAGAGGGAGGACACUAACGGCCCUUAGCCAAUCAGACCACUGAAUGGGCUACAGCCUAUCAGGACUCAGAACACAGAACAAGCUGUGGUCAGUCAGUAGACUGACAGAGCCUUCAACCAAUCAGGACACUGAAGUGGCCAUUGAAGUCAAAGGGCCGUAGCCAAUCCAGAGACCAGGAACAACCCCUUCAGUGCACUGAUUGGAUGGGUUUGGAGGCCUGUAGCCAAACCAGACUGAGAGGCUACAGCAAGUCAAGAACCUGAGCAGUAGUGGCUCUUUGCCGUCUGACAAGUUACAGCCAACCGGGUCACCAAAGAGCUGUAGCCAAUCAGGAACCUGAAGGGACUCUAGCCAAUCAGAGGUUCAGGAUCAGUAGGUGCUGCACUCUAUUGUUUUUCCACUACACCUCUCUGGUCUAACUCCACUCCUGGGGCAGCUUGCCCUGCACGUCACCCUUCAUGGCAAAACCCUUCUAAGAGGGCGUUGGGUGCAUUUAUAUGAUGCAGGGCCAGCACAGUAAAGGCCCUGACUCUGCAGAGGGCAGAACAGAUUUGGGCUAGAGCCGUCCCAGGGCCCACUACUGAGGGGGAGUCACUCAUAGGCACGUCCGUUUAUGCGGCGUCAAGUCAGGUGGGUAGGGUCACUGAAGCGUCAUGUCAGGUGGGGAGGGUCACUAGUGCCAUGUCAGGUCGGUAGAGUCACUGAAGACACAGCACGUUUCUCAGCUGUUUUGCAGUGUUUAACAAUGCAGUGCAAAUCGCUUUAUUGUCAGGAGGCUAGUCUAGCUGCGAUGGGCGGCACCCCAGGUAGUCUAGCAUGAGUGACACAGCUGUGCAUCGGGGCAAAAUCCCAGGAGUGGCCUCAGACCAGGUCAGCUAUUUCAGCGAUUUUCAUUGUCAUUCCGUUUUUUUUUUCUUCAUUUAUUCACAGUUUAUGAAAUAGUACAUUGUUUCAUAGAAAAGAAAAAAGGCUUGCACUAUAGUUUUUUGUUUUUGUUUGAUUUACAGUAAUGCACUACAAUCUUGAAGAUAUAUCAAGCUAUUUAUUACUCACCAUCUUGAAUCGCCAUGGUAACCGUUGCCUUGGGAAUGAAAAAUGCAAUCAUCAUUCUGCUCAUCAGCCAUUUUUGUUUUUGUUUUAUCCUUUUGCAUUUUUCUUUAACUUGAAAGAAUAAAGUUUUUACCAUAUAUAGUUAUAUAAAUAUAUGAAUAUAUAUUAUAUGUGAUUGUAAAAAAAGGAUUUUGUUUUGAAUAUUUAUUACUGUGAACAUUGUAUUUACAUUUUGUUACAACUUCAUUUAUGGGACAAAGGUAUAUAGUUCAAUGUAUCAAGGACCAUCGGUUUGAAACAGAAGGCCGAACUUUUUGAUGGACUGUUCCAUUAUUUAACUUGAUUCUUUUGUAAGAGGGGUAAAUAAAGGGUGUUUGAUUUAA